GUAAUCGUAGAAAUAAUGAAGGCGGCAGUUUAUCUGGUAUUGUUUCUUGGACUCAGUCUCCAAGGCGGGGACACACUGUCCAUCGAUGGAAGCAAUAGCAAGCUCCUUGCAGUCCUGAAUUCCUCUGAAGACCUUAAUUCCUCUGCUCCAUCAUUUGAUGUGUUGCUUCGCAUUAAUGUGUUGGCUGCUUCUGAUUAUUCUGCGCCACAAAAAACUGAAGCUAGUCCAAUUGACCUGGAGUCCAUUAUCCGUGCCGAGAUCAAUGGCGACUGGCAACGUGCUCGAUCCGUGCUGCUAUUGGCAAGUGAGGCACACACCUUGGAACUGAAGCAUGCCAUCUAUGAGGCACUGUGGUUGGAGCUGCAGCAGACGAGGCAAAUCCAUAAUCCCCUCCAGGUUCUGGAUUUCUACGAGCACCUCGAGCAGGAGUCGGAUGUGCCGUCAGAAUUAUUGGAGAAGAUCUAUCAGACCUUCGUCUCCCGCAGUGCUCAGUUGCUAUCGGCGCCUUUUUACACCUACAGUCGCAGUGCCAACUUUCCACUGGUCACCAACCUGAUGCAGCGUCUCACUUUAAGCACCUUGGAUUAUCUGCGCGAUAUACUGGAGGCUCUCUUCGAUGUGGUGUUAUCCCUGGAAUCCACGUUGAGUGUGGUGCAGCGCUUGGGCAACCUUAACGCCAGUUUAACUCAAUUAUCCCUGGCCAACUUGGAGUUGACCAAGCGAACUGAGUUCCAGUUGGAACCCAAUGCACUGCCAGCCUUGCAGGACAAUGUGCGUCAACUGUUGGAGCACGCAAAUUAUAGUCAGGAAGUGGAGCGUUCCUUGCGCCUGGACGUAUACGCCCUGUUGCCCUCGGAUGAGCGGGUAUUGUACACCGCCCAGAAGGUUUGCCUGCGCAACGUCACCAAUGACAAUGCCUACAUAUACGAGUGUCCACAAACCUAUCUGAUCUGCACCAAUGCCCGGGACUUCAAAAAGGCGGCUUACUAUGUGCAGCGUAGAAAUGGUGAUACCAACAAUAGCUUACAAUUUGCCUUCUAUAGCGCCUAUUGGCGUAAUCGUUACAUUGCCAUAGAGUCCAGCAAUCAAACCGCCGGCAAUUCCAUCUUGAAAAACGUGUACAGUCGCGAUAGCAUCAGUUGGUGGAGUGUUGUUCAGGUAGAGGGCGGAGGCGUGGCACUUUACGAUGCUGCCACAUCCAGUUCGGUGCUCUGUGGCGGGAAUCCUCAGUACUGGGAUGGCGAGGAGCGAUAUGUUUAUACACGCAGUGCUCAACAAUUUGGCGCCAAUCACUGGGAGUGCAUCUGGAGCAUCGAGGAUUGCAGUGACUCGGCCUAAAAAGCAAACACAUUUUUCAAAUGUAACUAAAUAUAAAUAAAUGAAUGCUUUUAAGUAUUUGAAUUUAA